AUGUUGACAAAUGAUGAAAAACAACAUCAAGAUAAUGCAUCAUUAUCAGCAUCACCUUCACAACAAACUCAGUUAUCAUUACCUCAAUAUUCUCAGACAGAUAAUGGCGCAAAUAUCUUAGUCACAACACAGUCUGCUCUAAAUACUGAUUUUUUGGAUUGUAUGACAAGGAAUUUGUUAGCUACAACUGUUGCUGGAAUCAGUGAGCAGCAACCUCCAGUUAGUGCUGCUACAGCUGCUGCUGUUGCUGCUGUCGCUACUGCUGCAGCAUUCGGUUUAUCAGUACCUGAUGUAUCUAUGAUGUAUAAUCAUGUCAAUUUGAAUCAUUUAUUCAAUUUGAACUUACUUACACAAUCACAACAAAGUCAACAGUUACCACAGUCCUCAUCAUUAUCUUCACCGUCUUCAUCGUUUCUUAUGGAAUACCUCAGGCAGCGUACAUUGGCCGAAGCAAAUACGCAACAACCACAACAGUUACACCUAAAACUGCAACAACAACAACAACAACAACAACAGCAACGCUCCCAGCAUCACCACCACAAUCAACAACAGCAACAACGACAACGUCAACAACGUCCAUCAAAGGAGAAGAAACGUAGCUAUCCCUGCAGUUUUCAGUGGUGUGAAUUAUGCAUGAGAGAAGUACAUAGUUCGAAGUUACCUUGUCAUAUUAGACAACAUCACGUGGCUCAACCAAUGUUCAUCUGUCCUCAAUGUAAAUUCAGUUCAAGUUAUUCCAAGAAUAAUGUCAAAAGUCAUAUGUCAACAGUACAUGGUUUAACAGAAGAACCAAUAAGUCAUAUGGAGGAAUAUGCUGAUGAAGUUGAGCAAUUAAUGAAAAAAUGCUUUCCAACAGUUCGUGGUCGAGGCCGGCCAAUGCACGCUGGAAAUACACGUCCGUCAACCGCUUCUUCUUCAUCGUCCUUUCAAGCGGAAUCAAACAGUAAUUCACGUCGAAGCAGCGCAAGUUCUGUCAUAUCAGCCAGCAGUACUGCGGGCCGUUAUACACAUAGCCAUCGUCGUCGAGGAAGCAAGUAUCCAGCUCAAGAAACAGCUCAAGAUCUUCUCUCCAUAACUUACUCUAAACGGGUGAAACGUCAUGAACUUUCAAAAGAAAUACCAUUUCAUUGUAGUGAAUCAGAACUAGCAAGCACUGAGACACGUGUCGAUGCUUCGGGUCAAAGUUCACCGAGUGAGGAAGAUUCUGCAGCAAAUGUUAGCGGAAUGCACAGCAGUGCUAAUGAAAAGAGUUAUACUAAAUCUGGAAAGGAAACAUCAAGCUAUCGAAAUGGAAUCGCGAAUUUUGAUGGCAAUGAUGAGAUCACUGAUGGCUAUACUGAUGGCAUUGAUAGUUAUCACACAGAAAAUACCAAUUUGCAUGAUAAAAAUGAGCAGAAUGAGACAGUUGCAAACGACAAUUCGCCAAGUUCAUCAGAACAUGUCAGUAAUGAUGCUGAAUUAGGUAUGUACUAA